AUUGAUCCUCACAAGGACUACACUCAAAAGGCCCAAUCUGAUACCUUUUCCGCACCCUCACUUUGCAGAAUCUGUCGCCAUGGCCCCUAAGAAGAAGCCGACAGCACUGAACCUGACCAAGCCCUCUGUCAAACCCAGAAAGCCCAGGUCCAAAAAAACCAUCAAAACCCUCCAAGUCCCCACCAUAAACCCACCUUCACAGCCCAGUUCCCAACAGACACUUCCACAGAGUAUUUUCGGGCGCCUGAACCGACUAGAUGACAUAUUCUCGUCGCAGACAGCCGCAGACGCCUCCGAUAGCGGUGCUGACCUAGACUCUUCUUUAAAGAGCAAGAAACGAGGUGGUGAGCCGUCCAAGACAUUUGAAGAGGAUGAAGGCUUCUUCUACAAGCGUACCAAGCCGACUACGAGCACCAAGAAGCGUCUGAAACAAAAGCCAAUCAGCACGCCCAUCUUCAAGUUGAACCAAGCAUUGGAUGAGCUACCCAAUAACAACCUCCAUGACAGUUUCGACUCCAUGGACUUCGAGCCGGAGGUGCCACCACCCAAGAAAACCAAGAUCGCCAGCAUCAAGAAGACGAGCAAUGUGGCCAAGCUCUCGUCUCCAAUACGACCUAGGUAUGAGGGUACGUACAAAGAACCGUCUCCAUCUUCUGCUGAUGAUGACGAAUAUGUGGAGCAAGUGUCCCACCAUACGAUCAACCUUACUGGUGGAGACGAUAGUGAUGAGGACAUCGAGCCCACCAAGUCGAGAAAGAAACACAACAAAGAUCGUAGGUCUUCUUACAGUAACAGAGGCAAGAGAAUGCUGUCGAUUGGCAACGGGUUGGUAGCAUCUCCCCAUGAAGACGUAUUAGCCAAAGACUACUACAAGCAUAUUGACACAUCGUUAUCGGAACCUCAUCGUAUGAAACAACUUUUGAUUUGGUGUAUCAAGAAGAAGAUAAAGGAGGAAGAUAAGAAACACCAACAAAGCCUAUUAAGCUCGGACGACCAGGUUGCAAUCAAUAUUGCCAAGGUGAUCAAAGAUGAAACCCUUCAUGACUUGAAGGACGGAACCAUAUCCACCAGUUGGUAUAACAUUCCUGAAUUAUCCAACGAUUCGGGUGAUAAUGGCAUGAUUGCCAAUCAAGAAAUCGUGUUACCGAACCCACUCAACCUCACGACUGAACAGAAUAUCAAGAAGUUCACCAAGCAGUUGAACCGGUUAAAGCGAGAAAAAGAGCAGUGGAAAGAUAUGGAAAAGCGGAACGUUAGUACACUUGACAAGAAUCUAACUAGCAUUGACAUCACCGACGAAAAGGACAUUAAUGCGUUACGUAAACAUUGUAAGGAUAAGGAGGUUGAUUACAAUGAUUCUGUUCUUGGACAACAGAUGGUAGACCACGUAGCAUCUGUUUACAAGGACGUGACAAAUAAGUUUCUGGAUAACGUGGAGAACUCGAUAGACGAAUUGUUCAACCUCACAAACACCUUGACCAAAGUCAGCCACUUCGUCGAGAAAUGCACCCAGAGUAAGUUGGUGCCCAAAAUCUCCGAAACCACCAAGAGUUUUGUGGAUAAGAGCAAGAUCCAAAACAUCAAAGCCACAGACUCCCUCUGGCCCACGUCUUCAAAACCCUUGGGAGUAAAGCAAAUUCUUCAGGGAAUCGCCAAGUUGGAUAGUGAGAAAGAAGCCGAGAUGCAUGUGUGAUACCGGCUGAAGAAGUUACGUUUGUCUUAUGGCCUAUCCGGCGAUGCUGUCCUGUCAUUGUAUCAUUCGUACUACCCUGUACACUAACAACCCCAAUGUAUUAUAACUAAGUCGCAUAAUAACUAGACCGAACUAUUCAACGCCGUAGCUAUUUCUCCGUACCACCGUAUUUGCUCGCUUACACUUACAAACCGGUGAACUUUAAAUGAAUCUCGGGAAAUUCUGAAAAGCUAGGUAACAAGAUUCUCCGAACAUUCCCCGCUGCCAGCCCCCAGCUAUUGGUUUCUUCAAAACUCAACCCUUUGUGAUGGUUCUAGAUCCCAUAUUUUUCACCCCCGUCAAUCAAAACCCUUCUUCCACAAACCAUUGUACGUCCCCUUUUUUGGUGCCGCCAGGAGUUACCCAGUGGUGCUUCUCAUUAAAAUGAGACACUUUCCGGGGAGGUUGCUCGCAGCGCUGCUCGCGAAAACAUACU